UAGACCAAACACUAUUUUUAAUCACAAGAAAAUUUUCAAUUUUGCUGCAACAAGGAUUACAAGUGCAACAUAGUUCAAUCAAAAUAAAAAUGAGUUAAAUAUUAAAGAAAAAUAUUAAAUAAAAAGUUUGGAAUAAAUCUUUAUAAAAAUCCGAAACAAUUGUUAAGAAAAUCUAUUAACAAAAUGAGUUCUAUAUUGGAUAUGCGUACCGCUAAGCCCACCAUUUGGGAAGAGCUGAGCAAUUUAUUUUUGCCUCUUAAAUACAUCAUCACCAGCGAAAGAUUUGAUGCUUUAGUGGAGAAUAUCAAUUUCAAUUACCUGGUGAAUGCUAUGUUCUGGAUAUUUCUAUUCUUCAGUUUUGGCUUUGUAGGAUUUCAGAAAUUAUUUCAGGUCUUCCUUAAAACUUCAAAUAUUAAAUAUUACAAACACAAACAAUUUGCACGUUCCAUUUGGAAUAUUGCCUUUUAUGCAGCCUGUACUCUGUUUUUGUAUUUCUAUAAUGAAUUGGUAAUUUUGCCGCAACUUUUAAAAAAUCAAGGACGCUACUCUUUAUUUUAUUCUUCGGAAAAUCUCAUAUUUUAUAAAUCACAACAAUGUGAAAAAUUUCAAUUUUAUUCGAUAUUUAUUAUAACAUUUUAUUUACACGGCGCCAUGUUGGACUUUAAGGAAUCGGAUUAUUUGGAAGCGGCUUCUAAGAGUUUAUAUUUGAUGUCAUUGGUGGCCAUAGAUGUUUAUAGAUACGAAAACUACUUCGUGGCGGUAAACUUAAGUCUUGGAGUCUACAAUAUUAUCACAGAAAUUCUCUCUUUACUGGCUUUGCAAAAUCCCAAAAGAAAUUUAUUAGUCUAUCAAAUAUUUCUGGGUUUACGUAUAGCCUCUUGGUCCCAUGUCUUCAUCAGUCUCUUGCCAUUUAAAUAUUUAGUUCCCACUUUAUUUGCCAAAAAUUUUAAAUUAAUCUUGAAUAUUGUCAUAUGGCUCUGGUAUGGUUUGAGUAUUUGGAAUUCUCUCUUGCAAUAUUUCUAUCAUCAGAUUUAUCACAAUUCUCCAGUCGACUGUUCGGGAGAGGGUUCGGCAGCCAAGUGUAUUUUACUAAAAGACUCUAGUGAACAUAGGCAUUUUAAGGCCUUGAAAAAGCUUAUUGGAAGUGAAAUUGGCUCAAAGAAAAAUGAAUGCUAG